CAUGUAAGCUAAGAUGAAGUAGGGUAGCUUGCAUAUAUUGUGGUAGAUCGCUGCAAUGUAACGUUAAUGUUUGAUAGUGUUGAUAACCGUGUUAUUGUGUGAACCACAGUGCUACUGUUAAGUUAGCUAGCUAGCUGACUAGCUCAACAAAGUGUACUUACGAAGGGUCUGUUAAAUAACCAAGCUCACCAGUUAGCUAACAAGCUUGUUUUGCUAACAAAAAGCUUGCUAGUAACAUAAAAUACUUGGGUCGUCAAAUAUCAAUUAGCCUUGGGUACGGUGAUGUUGGAGCUGCAAUCUAGCAAUUUCUGUGCUUUUUUUAUUUCGGUGUUUACGUUACUAACCAUCUCGGCUUCGGCUGGUUCAAGAAUGUAUGGAGGCUAACGUCAGGAAUAGUAGCCGAUGUUGUGUUAGCAAUGAGCUGAAUGCUAGUUUGCAACUGCUGUGUGCAAUGGUACAUUAUAAUUUGAGGUUUGUGCUUACGUUAGAUGUUGGUAGGUUGGUUAGUUAGCUAUAUGAUAUCAAGAACUUUGCAAACUUGGAUAUGUAGCCAGCACAUUUCCUGCAGAUCUGAUUCAACGUUGUGUGUACAGUGUUGAAACAGUAACGUAUGAGGCAGUUGAGUUUGCAAUUACAGUAACGUCACACUACGUUACACAAUAGUUCGAACAAGAACUAUGCAACAACAAUCGGACUGGUUCGCUGCAAUUGAAGCUGUCCCUUGCUAGCCCCUUUUAUUAUGGCAAGAAAACUCCAUUAGAGGAAGGGUGUGGUGUAGUUUGCCUGGUGUGUGUGUUCCAGUGUGACAGAGUGUAAGUGGAUCGCUUGUGUUGUCCUUCCGAGAGCUCCCGCCAGACAGGAAAUGCUAGUGUAGAGGGUAGUUCGACAGAACUUACUCAGGAGUAGGUAAAGGAAAUAAAUCGCUGCGCACUUAGAAAUGUAUUGAAAGGACCGUCAUAGGAUUUUGUGCUGUACUAUCAGCACAUUUAUAUUUGGUCUGCAUGAUGAACUUCUAGAUUAUUAACAUGGAAAAGACAGCUGUUGUGUUUGUUCUAAACACCCAAAACAGUCUAAUAAGUAGAACUGUUGUAAGAAAGACCCCACUGAGUUGGAAGAACUCCAGUCUAUGUAGAUAACGUUCCUUUUCAGUGGAACACCACACCCCUUAACAGUGCUGUGUUUGUUACUGUCAUCACAAGACAAACACAAUCACCCCAGGGGCCCUUUAUGACUCCCUCCCAGAGCGAAUUGUAGGCCACUGUGAAAAGAAGACAAGUCUGCUCUUACGCACAUAAUGCCAUUCUGUAGAAACCAGGAAGUAAUUGCGGAAACAGAUGCAGGACCGACACUCAGCUGAUGCAGUGGGCUCCCGCAGACCUUUGCUAAUUAGUACCAUGCACUGCAGCAAACUGCGAGAGCACAGACCGGUAUAAUGACGUGUUUAAGGAGUGCUUCAGACGGCUCUGUGUUUGUGUGUACUCUGCUGGGUUGGCCUGGAGUGUUGGUGUGCAAUCCGGAAGGCAGUUGCCAGGGCAGGGCUUUCUGUGGGGUGACUCAGAGGAAUGAGUCAUGACCUCGGUGGUGGUUGUCGAUGGAGGAGGGGCCAUUCUGGAAUACGUCUCUGACGCAGAGGUGGUCUCUCAGGAGGUGGCGCUGGAUUCAGAGGAGAGCAUGUGUGAGAUAAAGAAGGAAGAAGAGAUGAGGGAGGAAGAGUGCCCAGCCGUGGUGGUUGAACAGGUGCAGUGUGCCGAGCUGGAGCAGUGCUACGCUGCACAGGUGGUCGUUUACGACGACGAGACCUACCUGAUGCAGGGCGUGGCUGAAGAGCAGGAGGUGGAGACUGAAGUCCUGGAGAUUUCCUCAGUGGAGGCAUCAGCUCAUGGAGGAGGUGGCUAUGUGUCUUUUGAUAAGACGAUUGAAGCCGCAGAGGCCUUGCUACACAUGGACUCACCAUCCAGCUUUGUGGAGGACCGUAGUCCUGUGCCAGACAUGCUGGGAGAGAUGGAGGUGGAAGUGGAGGUGAGCACUGAGAACACGGAGCCCAUGGAGCCCCUGGAGGAGGAGCUCACGCUGGAGAGAGACAUCCAGAGGGGCAAGAAAGGCAGGAAGCGCAAAGCCACACCGCAGGCUGAGCGGGAGGGGUCCCCUGACCUAACCUUCAAGAAGAAGCCCAGGGUGGGCAAAAACAGUACCUAUCUGUGGGAGUUUCUGCUCGACCUUCUGCAGGACAGGAACACCUGUCCCAAAUACAUCAAGUGGACCCAGCGGGAGAAGGGCAUCUUUAAGCUGGUGGACUCCAAGGCUGUAUCCAAACUCUGGGGCAAAUACAAGAAUAAGCCCGACAUGAACUAUGAGACCAUGGGCCGAGCCCUCAGAUAUUAUUACCAGCGUGGCAUCCUGUCGAAAGUGGAGGGACAGCGGUUGGUGUACCAGUUUAACGACAUGCCCAAGAACAUCGUGUUCAUCGACGAUGACAAAAUCGACGCUCCGACCAUCCCCCAGGCAGCGUGCGAGCGAGUGACCCCUGUGACCGUGACCACCACCAUGCCAUCAUCACCCAGCAUCCUCCGGGGCGGACGUCUAGGGGCUCAGGUCAAAGUUCAAUCCCCCACCGCGGCCCCUGUACCCACCAAACCUGCCCAGAUGCUGCGCAUCGUCAACGUCUCGUCCGGGUCCGAGUCCUUCGUCACCUUGCAGGGGGGUUGUCCUGUUACUUCAGCAUCAGGCCCCAGGACCCUGCAGGUCCCCAUGAUGAUGACCACGUCACUGGGCCAGAAGUUCUCUACGAUAUCAGCCAUGAGCCAGCCCGGCUCGCAGCUGCUCACCACCACCUCCCCGACCUCGGCCCACCAGACGCACCAGAAGGUGUUGAUACAGGCGCUCCCCACCAUGGUCCCGGCCACGGGUGAGAACGGCCAGAAGAUCACGGUGCAGCUGGCCAAGCUCAUCACCAUCCCUGCCUCACAGUAUGCCCAGCUAUCGCAGUCCAAAGGCGCCGGCGGAGGCUUCAGUCUGAUGGGGACGCCGCUCACCCUCCGCAAUAUCACCCCCUUCUCCAUGCCAACCACAGCUGUGCCUGCUCCCUCCACCACGCAGGUGCUGAGGUUCGUCACCCAGCAACCUGCCAUUGCAGCUCCUGCCCCUGCCCCUGCCCCCGCCCCUGCCCCUACCCCUGCUACCACCAUGGUUGUUGCGGCAACGGACAGUGCCACGCAGACGGCAGCAAUGUCGGAGUGUGACGUCACUAUCGUCAAGGUGGAGACUCAGGAGGACACCUCCACACAGGUGGUCACAGACGCAUCGGCGCCCUCUGAUAGCUGAGACACGGUCUCUCUCUCUCUCUCUCACACACACACACACACACACACACACACACACACAGAGAAGGAGCCUGACUGGUAUAAGAAAUAUAUCAGUUUCUUCCAAUGGCAGUCUCAUACACGCACACACAAACCCAUACACUUGUUUCAGUCGCUGCGACUCUAAAGGUCAGACAUGGAAGCCCCUCAAAGAAUAUGUGAUGUAGGAAUGAACCCCAAUAUUGUCAUGGACAAUUAAAAUGCAUAGGAGUUAAGGGGAAGGCCAAUGUAUGUUAGAUGGUAAGGUGAUCAAGGUGAAUACAUACAUACACACACACACACACACACACACACACACACACACUCACACUAACAACGCCAACACUACAACACACUCACUCACUCACACAGACUUGGCAGAGAUGAUCCAAUCAGGCUUUAACUUGACAUUGGCAGUACAAUUAAAAAUAUCUAGAUUGAUGGUUAAUAUUAUUGAGAUAAUAAUACCCCCACCACAUCCUGACUUGCUCUAGAAUGGAAAUGGAACUCAGCCAAGCUCUUGAGGAGUGGUCGUUUUUUUAAAAGUACUUAAAGCGUCUGAAGACUCAAACCUCCGUCUGUCACUGUGCGAACGCGAGAACCAAUCAUCUGGUGCUACAACCUGCAGUCGUGGGGGUGGGGGGGGGGGUCUGUGUGUGUGUGGAACAGGGGCAUCCCACCGCUCUGCAUGGACCUUGGGCAUAAAGGGACUUUGUACAUACUGUCAAUACAGAAUAUGAGAUUUCUUAAAUGAUAAACAGGCAGCCUUAGAUGAAAAUGAAAAA